GGUAGGUAGGUACCUUACUUAACCUAGGUGUUUUAGGAGGUAACCCCCAGGGCAAUCCAACCACUUAGCAUUCCGCACCCCCACCUGAGCCGACCUAGGGUGUCAUUCCGAACUGCUCUUGUGCCCCUUGCGGCUCCUAAGAGUUCAAUACCUAACCAACUGCUUCUGCAUUGUAUCAUCCUUUUCCCUCAAUCACAGCUCUGCUGGCUCCAAGGGACCCACUACAAUCUUGCCUUCUCGCACAUAACUCUACCUACCUCGGUAAAGUCACGCGUGCAUCACACGUACGCGCAGGACAUAUACCUAAUCAAUACGGGCUCGAUCUUGUCAACAAAAGGAACCAACUCUAAACCAAGCAAAAAGGCCAUGUCGUUGCAAGUGGAGGAACGACGCCGUGGCCGUUCACGUUCCCCCGGCGGCCGUGACAGGAGUCGGAGCCGCGAACCCCCUGCCAGGGUCAUCGAGGCAUCGGCUCCAUACCCCGAUGACGAUAGAGAUGGCGGUGUGCGCAUGUAUGAUUAUGAGGACCCUCGUUCCAGGGGCUAUGACCAGCCAUACCCUGCUCCAUCCGGCAGAGACCGUGAUGCUCGCGAAGAGCCCGACAGGUUUUCCUACCUGCCGCAAAAGUACGCCUCCCAGCCCGAGGGCCGGUCCCGGCGUGACAAGCGGGACCGGUACGAUGACGAUGAUCUGGCCUACGGUGCCAAAGAGCCUCCUCCUCCACCUUCGUCAUCCAGUUACCAGUACGCCCAACCAAAGCAAUACGAGUACGACAGGCCCGAUGACAGGCUCACGUAUUCGUCCUCGCGCCAAGACAGCAGCCAGCUUCUCGUCGCCGGUGAGCCUCGUCGCCGCGACAGGUCCAGAAGCCCUGGCCCAUCGUCUGGCUCUAAAUCUUAUCGCGACGACCCCCGUGGUUCGUCCGCCAGCAUCGUGACGGUCGAGCCGGGGGUCAGCAGCAGCGCCAGUCGCCGGUCUAAACGCGAUUCGUCGCCACUGCCACCCACCGCUCGCAUGUCCUCAUUGUCGGUCAGCGGUGGUCACCACCGAUCAGGUAGUAUGUCUCUUUCCGCCGCGCCUCCUUCCCCGCUGCUAGAGUCAUAUCACGGCACGUACCAAUCCAUGUCCCCCAUGCCGUCGCCGCUGAUGAUCGCCUCGCGCGAUCCCCCUGGACACGACACCCGGAUCCUGGAUGUCGCGCCUCUCGACUCGGACGAUGAUGACCGAUAUGGUGGUGGUGGUGACAAGACCAAGCGGCGGGCACGCUUCGCCGAUCCGGCUGGGGACGCGGAGCGACUUGCAAAGGCGCUUAAGGGCAAUGCGCCGCCCGACGUCGAACCUCUAAUUGAGAUCCUUCCGGGCCUGACGCACGAGCAGAUCAUGACGCUGCGCGUCGAAUACAAGCAGCUGGUCAAGACGGGUCCGGAUCGAAAAGGUGUCAACAUCGCCAAGCACAUCCGCUCGAGGCUCAAGGAGGAUGAGCCUAAUCUGAUGAAAGCAUGUUACGCAGUCGCGUUGGGCAAGUGGGAGUCGGAGGCAUACUGGGCAAACUAUUGGUACCAGGGCGACAAGACACGGCGGGAGCUGUUGAUAGAGUCGCUCAUGGGACGGACCAACGACGAGAUCCACGAGAUCAAACAGGCAUUCAGUGACAAGAAGUACGACAACAGCCUGCGCAACUGUAUGAAAACCGAGCUGAAGGAGGACAAAUUCAAAAAGGCAGUCAUGAUGGUUCUCGACGAGCAACGUAUGGAGGAGGUUGACCGUCAUGGGCGGUACCUGCCAAUGGACCGAAUGCUCAUCGAGGACGACGUACGUGCUCUUUACCGCGCCGUCCGAUCGGAGAAGGGUGGGGAGAGCGCCAUGAUCCAGAUUGUCAUCAUGAGAAGCGACAGCCACCUCCGCGAAGUGUUGAAGCUGUACAGUGCUGAGUAUAGGUCCAACUUUGCGCGUGAUGCAUUGAAAAAGAGCGGAAACCUGGUGGGAGAGUUGCUCGCGCACAUUCUCAACGGCGUCAUCAACAAACCGGUUCGCGACGCGCUACUGUUGCAUCAUGCCUUGACCGCAUCAAAACGGGACGACCUGCGUCGGGAGCUGCUCACGUCGCGCCUAGUACGCUUCCACUGGGACCGCCAUCAUCUUGCGGAUAUCAAGGUGGCCUACCGCGAGCGGUACGGCAAGGAUCUGCAAGAGGCCGUGCGGGAUGCGACCGGAAGUUCGGGCUGGGGAAGGUUUUGCAGAGAGUUGUGCAUCACACGCAUGCCCGACGAUGUUAGGCGAGUGGAGAGGGUCAGCAGGCGUUGAUUUUGGCAUUUGUUUCCUGGACGCUUCCUUUUUUUCCCCUCCUGGCAAGCUAGUCUAUGACCAACGAAUGUAGGUACGUUGUUGGAGAUACUGGGAAAUUUCUCUGUGUACUAUAAAUGCAUGGAUUGCGUUAAGAAGUCUCACACGCUUUGAGCUGGUUAAACUGCUUUGGGGAUUGAAUAAACAAACAAAUAAAUAAAAACCCACCAGGAUGAAUUAUGC